AUGACCCAGAGACCUAAUUCGAAUCCUUCUCUCAGCCGCUUCCCACUUCCUUUCACCGGAAAUAGAGUCGGAACUCCUCCUCCUCCUCCUCCCCCGUUCCCUCCCUUCUCUCAACCCAUGGAGGAGCGAAACGACGCCGGAUACAGCCCUUCUCUGCCUCCGUCACCGUUCAGUACCAUGCAUCAUUCUACUUCAACGGUGGUGGUAGCAGGAGGAGGCAGGGAGAAUCUACCUCCCAGAAAGUCUCAUAGGCGUUCCAACAGCGAUGUUACGUUUGCGAUGAUGCCUCGCACUCUAAUAAACUCUCCUAUCCCUUCCAAGUCUCUAGACCGAUCAAUCAUCUCCGGUUCAGAUUGGUCUAGUUUGGUCAAGGACGAACCACGUCAACCAGAGAGCGAAUCAUCUACUAUGGACGAUAUUAUAAGGGCUUAUAUCAAUCUUGAUAACGUUGAUGCCUUGAACUCUUUUGGCAAGACUACUGAGAUAGAGAGCAUUAGAGGGGCGAGAAACAGCACUGACUCUGAAGUUGAGGGCACUGACAAUGUGAAGGGAUUGAAGAGGAGAGCUGGCGGCGGCGGCGGAGACAUUGCUCCUCCCACUAGUAGACACUACCGGAGUGUUUCCAUGGAUAGCUCUUUCAUUCCCAAAUUGAACUUUGGUGAUGAAAAGCUUCCGCUUCCAUCAAUUAAAGUUUCUCCAACCAAUUCAGGUGACGCAAAUUCGAAUGCUGCUUAUAGUGUGAGUGCGUUUAGUGCAGCUGAUAUGAAGAAGAUCUCAGCUGAUGUGAAACUCGCUGAGAUUUUUAUGGUUGACCCUAAGCGUGUCAGAAGAAUGUUAAAGAACCGUGCGUCUGCUGCACGCUCAAAGGAGAGGAAGACACAAAAAACGGCAGAGUUACAACACAAGGUGCAGACUCUGCAGAAUGAAAACUUUCUAUUAUCAGCUCAGCUCACGAAUUUGCAGAGAGAUUCGAUAGGGUUGCAGAACGAGAACAGAGAGCUCAAGUUCCGUCUUCAAGCUAUGGAGCAGCAGGCACAACUCCGCGAUGCUCUGUCUGAGAGACUGACUGAAGAAGUCCAGCGAUUGAGACUUGUGACUGGUGAGCCAAGCCGCAGCAUGGAAUCGAAGACGUCACUAAGCCCGGAGAUGUUUCCGCAGCAGCUUAGGAUUAGCCAGUUGCAACAGCAGCAGCAUUCCAAUCAGAAUAGCACCAUGAAAGCAUAUCUUGCAUCAACCGAAUAG